UGUGUGUGUGUUUAUACGCCUCGUUAGUCCCAAUGGGACACCGACUCUUACAGUAAAACUUUCGUUAAUUGUAGCUCGAUAAAAAGGCUCAGCGGACAGUUGGUGGUGCUUGGCGCCACCGUGUAGUUUGCAGUUGCAGGUACUGUAAUGAUGUGUGUUCAGUAACGAAGAUUGAAAAGCAACUUGCCACUUUACAAAACUUUAUUGCAGCUGCGUGUUUGUGCGUAUGUGUUUAUAUAUGGAUUGUACUGUAAAUAGAAUCUCUCCCGAGUGUUGAUUUAUGCUGGGAUGUAGUUAAAAUGUGAAUUGAAAGUGAGUUCAGUAUGAUUUCAAUGCGGGUAACAUGAACACAUGACCACGUGGGUUGGGUGAGAACGCAGCAGCAACAUGUGGUGUCGUGUGUUGAUCUGUGUGGGCCUUGCAGCCACCGCGACUUCUUCAGCCCCGGUAGCCUCUGCCAAGAGAAGCGUGCAGAUGCAAGCGGAAUGGUCUGGUCCUGGCUGCGCACCACCUGACAUGGUGCUGAACGGCUCUGUCUUGCCCCGAACAGUCGCGGAUCAGCACCGCUCCGAUUAUAGCACGGAAAUCAUGGAAGUGAAGUUUUCGGGACAGAUCGGCCCCCUCGGAGAGAAGCGGCUAUGCAAGAUCAAAUGUAUCGGCGGCAACUGGGUCGGGCCCCUCUGUCAGAACCAGGAAGAAGGGGGACGCUACCACCCGCUGUUUCGUGGCUGCAGACUCGACAGUGUGCCUCCACACCUCAUCGUCACCUACAAGAACGUCACCAUUACUACUGGACGACUCAAGUUCCCGCAUGGCGCUGUGGUGUUGGCGCGCUGCCGGGAGCUUGGAGUUUACAAGUUACUGGGGGAGUCAGCACUUCAAUGCCAGAACGGUGUUUGGAACCAUCGUGUGCCGUCCUGUAUUCCAACCACAAUGCUUACCAACUUCACCGAGGACUCUCCCCCCACGGUGUUGAUUAAAAUACCGUCGGGUUCGGCAUCUGUUGAACCGUCCGGGGACCUUGCCGUGUUUCCGGGUUCCAUCUUACAUCUCGAAUGCCUCUUCUCUCGGAAGUUGGGAAACCCGGAGUGGACAUGGACUUCCACCUUCCGGCAGUUUCUCACAGGGUGGGCGAUAGCAGCUGAGGAGCGAGAAUGGAAGUACAGAUUGUCUGUCUACUACACGAAGCCACAGGAUUCCGGCGUCUUCACGUGUGCCACGCCGCGAGGACUCACCAACAGCAUUACUGUCCACGUCACGGCGGUCCACUGCGAGCCCAUGGAAAUCAAUGACCCUUACCUGACGUCACGCGUGGAAGGCACUCGACUGGGUCAAGUGGCAGUUUUCCAGUGUCCUAUUGGUUUUCGACUCAAUGGCACUUCUAACCUCACUUGCCAGGCCUCGGGACGGUGGUCGGCUCCAGUGCCUCGCUGCAUGCCCAUAAUUUGUCCGAACCUGGAGGUAGAGGACCCGCAUCUCACGCUGGUGGAACACAAUGCGAGCUACGGCGGGCGGGCUGUGUUUCGCUGUGCCUGGGGGUACCGACUCACGGCUCCCCCUGGGGUCGAGUGCGAAGUGGACGCACAGUGGUCGGGUCCCGUGCCUUCCUGUGAGGCUGUGCUGUGUCCGACGCCUCUUCCACCCGUCAACGGGCGCCUGGUGGACGAGGGCCCGCACUACCAAGUCGGGUCCACAGUGCAGUUCACUUGCAACGAAAAACAUCAACUUGUUGGGGAAUCCAGCGUGCUGUGCACUGAGACCGGAUUCUGGUCACAUCCUCCGCCAUUUUGUAAAGCACGGUGCCCAUAUCCGGGAGAUCCAGAGCAUGGAAGGAUUGCACCAAUCAAAUUCUCAUACGAACCUGGAGACCACUUAAAGGUGACAUGUGCUAUAGGUUAUGUAGUGAAGCUGGAGGCAAACUGGCCUCAGUGUCGUGUUGACGGGACGUGGUCAGAACAAGUUCCGGAGUGUCGUUCCUACCGUGAUGUUUGAUUUGACACGAAUAUCAGUCUGUGGCAUGACAAUACUACGUGGCACCAGACAUAGAAUCAUCUCACCUCAGACAAUUCAAAAUGCAGUGAUCUCGUAGAACCAAUAGUGAGCAGACAGUAUUUUAUAGAUUGUAACCCAGAAACCUUAACGUGGCUCUAUCACGUGAGGGACCAUUAUUCUGGAGUACAUGGAUGUGAAAUGGUUUAUUUGUGAUUUACAUAGAAUGUUUGAUCUCUCAUAGAUUCCAAACAUAAAAUAUAGUGUUGGUGUUGUGUUUA